UCGUUAGAAGACGUUAUCAUCCUCGAGACAUGUUUAAGGCUAAGAACUCCAUCGCCAAUAACAAUCAGUUCUUUUAGCCAUCUUCGUAGCUAGUCGAUGAUUUCUCUUCUAAUACUCAAAUCCAAUGGUUUUCCCUCUAAACUCUCUUCUCCACCAACCCUUUACUCUCCUUUAUUAUCUCUCUCUUCUAAAUUCAUCUCUUUUAACACCCAUGGUUACACUACCUUUAUACCCACUUCACCUUUACCUGCAUCUCCGCCACAGUCACUGGCGCCGCCGCCGCCGGAAUCUUCCGUCAGGUCAAUCUGUUUACUGGUGUGUGAAUCCUAUCAACAAACCUCAUUCUCAAAACCAUCAUCUCCAAGUCUCAAUCUUGAGAUAAACCCCAAUUCUUUGACCCAUGAACAAGUCAUUACUGUUGUUGCUUCUCUAGCACAAGAAGCUGGUUCAGUAGUAUCAUUGAGUUUCUUCAAUUGGGUUAUUGGGUUUUCAAAAUUUAGGCAUUUUAUGAGACUAUACAUAGUUUGCGCUACUACUUUUCUUAAUAAUGAUAAUUUGGAUAGAGCUACUGAAGUAAUGCAAUGUAUGGUGAGGAGUUUUUCUGAGAUUGGGAAGUUGAAAGAAGCUGUUAAUAUGGUUAUUGAGAUGCAAAAUCAUGGUUUAGUGUUAAAAGCUCGGAUCUUGAACUUCGUUAUUGAUGUUGCUCUUGCUUUAGGUUUUGUUGAUUAUGCGGAAAAAGUGUUUGAUGAAAUGCUUGACAGAGCUGUGGUUCCUGAUUCUACUAGUUAUAAGUUGAUGGUUGUUGGUUACUGUAGAAUGGGUAGGAUUUCUGAUGUUGAUAGGUGGUUAAAGGAUAUGAUCGAGAGAGGUUAUGCGGUUGAUAAUGCUACUUGUACUCUGAUGAUUAGCACAUUUUCUGAGAAAGGUUUCGUAAACAGGGCUUUUUGGUACUUUAAGAAGUGGGUUCAGAUGGGUUUGAAUCCAAAUUUGAUAAAUUUUUCAUCUUUGAUUAAUGGGUUAUGUAAGAUUGGCAGCAUUAAGCAAGCAUUUGAGAUGUUAGAGGAAAUGGUUAGGAAAGGUUGGAAACCUAAUGUGUAUACUCAUACAGCAUUGAUUGAUGGCUUAUGUAAGAAGGGAUGGACUGAAAAGGCAUUUAGACUAUUUCUUAAGCUUGUGAGGAGUGAUAAUUAUAAACCAAAUGUAUAUACUUAUACAUGCAUGAUUAAUGGGUACUGCAAGGAAGAAAAGUUGAAUCGAGCAGAGAUGCUAUUGAUCAGGAUGAAAGAACAGGGAUUGGUUCCUAACACCAACACGUAUACUUGUCUCAUAGAUGGGCACUGUAAAGCAGGAAACUUUGGAAGAGCAUAUGAGUUAAUGGACUUAAUGGGUAAAGAAGGAUUUACGCCUAAUAUCUUUACAUAUAAUGCAAUUAUUGAUGGCCUCUGUAAGAAGGGAAGAUUUCCUGAGGCUUAUAAACUGCUCAGGAGGGGACUAAAAUCUGGAUUACAUGCUGAUAAAGUAACCUAUACCAUUCUCAUAUCUGAAUUCUGUAGACAGACUGAUAAUAAGCAGGCCCUUGCAAUUUUCAGUAGGAUGUUCAAAGUUGGCCUACAACCGGAUAUGCACACAUACAAUGUGCUGAUCGCAACCUUCUGUAGGCAAAAAAAAGUGGAAGAAAGUGAGAAACUCUUUGAGGAAGCUGUCGGGCUUGGUUUGCUUCCAACUAAGGAAACAUACACAUCCAUGAUAUGCGGGUACUGUAGAGAUGGACAUAUCAGUUCAGCUAUUAAGUUUUUUCAUAAGAUGAGAGACUAUGGCUGCAAACCUGAUAGCAUUACUUAUGGAGCUUUGAUAAGCGGAUUAUGCAAUGAAUCCAAGCUGGAUGAGGCUUGUCAGUUGUAUGAAACCAUGAUUGACAACGGGCUAUCCCCAUGUGAAGUUACUAGGGUUACAUUGGCGUAUGAGUACUGUAAACAAGGUGAUUCUGCUACUGCAAUGAUUAUCUUGGAGAGGCUAGAGAAAAAACUCUGGAUUCGGACAGUUAAUACGUUGAUCAGGAAGCUUUGUAGUGAGAAGAAAGUUGGUGUCGCAGCAUUAUUCUUUCAUAAGCUAUUGGACAAGGACCUUAAUGUAGAUCGGAUAACUUUAGCUGCAUUUACAACUGCAUGUUAUGAGAGCAACAAAUUUGCUCUUGUUUCUGAUUUGUCUGAGAGGAUAUCUAAAGGAAUUGGUUAGCUGCCUAUAUUUAUUGAAAAUGGGUAAAUUCCAUUGCUUCAGAAGCUACGCAACUUAAGUAAGUUGCUCAAGGAUUUUAAAGGACAUUUAUUUUCCUUGCUAGUAGUCAGAUUGAUUAGGGCUAGCCACAGCUGAAGCAUGUGCAGGGUUAAUAAGGAUUUAUGAUGUAUAGGCAUGCUCUUGCAGGCUAAGCCAGUUUCAGCUCUUCAUCAGAAUUUUUUUUUCUUGUUCAUGAACACUGCAGUGAAUUUAAGAGCUGCUUCUGCAUAUUUCCUGCAGAUCUGCACUUGUGGGCAGGAAUUGCGAUUGGUGAAUGUUAUCUUGGUACAUGUGCCCCCAUAUGAUGGAAUAUUGAUGGAAGUUGCUACACUGAAGUUUUUUAUUUGUUUUUGGCAAAAGUGAAACCCAUUGGAGUAAUAUAAGCAAAUUCCUUUAUCCUUGCAACCCUAAAUGGCCACUUUUCAUAAUUUCACUUGUAAAAUGGAAGUUCCUUGAAUGAUAAACCCUACACAUAUUCUGUACCA